UCCCCAGGUGAGGCACUUGUCCGCACGACCGGGAACGAACGCGAACUCUUGGGUGAUUUUCAGUGGGAGAGAAGUCGAGUUGAUAUAAAUGCUGGAAUUGUUAUGCGAGAAAGAACCGGUGCAUGUCCGGUUCCCCUUCGAAUGUAUCGAUGAUGCGCGAGCGAUCGGCUCUCGAAUCGAGAUCGCCGGUCAUGCGCGAUAUUGCGCGUGCAAGUCGUGCGUGCGAGGCAAGGUGAUUCGCCGGUAAAUCGGUUAUUGUUACUUUGAGGACGGCGGAGACUAGUUGUGAGCUCACGAUGGACAGGAUAAAGCUUUUGUUUGAUGAGUCCUUAAGCAAGGAUGACGCAUUCAUGAUCUGCGCGACCGUGGACACAGGUUUCGAGUGGCAGGCGAUUGACGAACACAGGGAGAAGGUUAGCAAUACUUCGGAACCGGUCAAGGAACGCGGGAAAAUCUACUUUAACUUACAAUGGGACCAAUAUGAGAAAGUUCAGGAAAUGAGAUCAAUAGACAAUAUACUCAUAGUAGCCGAUGUACGGACUUUCACUUUUCAUGAUACCGACAAAGAAGCCGACAAAGAAGCCAAUUUGGAAUUGUUCAAGGAUGCGGUACAAAAGCAUAUGAAUCUGAAUAAAGCUCUGGAUAUGUGGAAGCGUGUGGCAUGUUUUAUGGGAGAGAUAUAUCCUACAUUGGAGGAAUAUAAUUCUGCCAAGGAGCAAGCUGCUGUUACCACAGUAACAGAACCAGUAACAGAAGCAGAACCAGAGACCACUAAGGGUAGAAAAAGAGGCGUGGAUCCCUCAGAGUCUAAGGAAGGCGAUAUACUUAAAUUCAGAGUGACAUGCGAAAGGUCUGGUAAUCACACAUUUGAGUCCACUGAUGUAGCCUGUGUUGUCGGAGGGGAAUUGCAGACUAAGUAUCACUGGAUAGUGGAUUUAUCCAAGUAUCACUUGGAAGUUAUCUGCAAAUUGAUUGAACAACAACUGAUAACACUUUUGCGCGUGACGCACGAGUCCAAACAUCGCAGGAAUAUCGUGAGCUUUGGUCCGACCACUCUCAGAUCAACUAUAUGUUACAAUUUGCUAAGAUUGGCAAAUCCUAAACCAGGAGAUAUAGUAAUUGAUCCUAUGUGUGGUAGUGGAUCUAUUCCUAUAGAGGCAGCAUUAGCUUUCUCUCAUUUAUGCAUUCUAUGCGGCGAUAAAAAUUCCAAAGCUGUGGAGAGAACAAAGUCUAAUAUAGAUGGUUCAGAAACUGCAGCCAGAAUAAAUCCCGUGCAAUGGCUGGCUUUAAAUCUGCCACUCAAAGAUUCGUUUGUUGACGUUAUUGUUACUGAUAUGCCUUUUGGCAAGAGAAGUGGAAAGAAGUCAAAUAACGAACGUCUUUACAAACAAUUUUUGCUGGAACUCGGCCGAGUAGUAAAAUUACGGUCUGGACGAUUGGUCCUACUUACUCAUGACAGAAGAAGUUUCAAUUACGCCUUCAGGGCAGCGGGUGAUUUGUUCCAGUUAAUGAGAGCAGUUAAUGUGAAGAUAGGAGGUCUUCAAGUUAUAGCUUAUGUUUUGAAACGAACAAAUGUGCCCCUCACAUCCUUUAAACCACGAUAUUAUUAAUGGACAGAACUUUUAAAAUGAAUAGACCAAUGAGGUAUCUUUUGUUUUCACAAGUGUUAUG